UUCCUUCAGGGCCAAAGUGCUGAGAAGAAAACAGAUAUUAGCACAGCUGAGAUGGAGCCAUGCUCAGAGCUGCAUGCAGAGCAAACAGAGACUUCAGCCAAAAUGCCUGCCAGCAAUGCAGAGGCUGUGGGUGUCCGGCAGGAGCAGCCUUUCAUCAUUCUGAGCCAGGAGGAGUAUGGGGAGCACCAUUCAUCCAUCAUGUACUGCAGGGUUGAUUGCGCUGGAUGGUGGGUGGCCAGCUUGGAUGUGGAUGGGGUCAUCAAAGUGUGGUCUUUUAACCCCAUAAUGCAAACUAAAGCUUCAUCCAUUUCCAAAUCUCCAUUGCUGUCUCUGGCAUGGGCAACCAAGCGUGAUCGGCUGCUAUUGCUUGGCAGUGGGGUUGGGAUGGUUCGUCUUUAUGACACAGAAGCAAAGAAGAAUCUCUGUGAAAUCAGCAUUGAUGCAGAUAUGCCCAGUAUCCUCUCGCUUGCCUGCAGCCCAAGUGGUGCCUCGUUUGUGUGUUCUGCAGCAUCCCAGAGCCCCAUCUCCCACAUGGACUUCUCAGCAGUCAGCUCUGGGGGCAAAAGCAUGAACCAAGUUCCUGGGAAGCUGCUACUGUGGGACACUAAAACAAUGAAGCAGCAGCUGCAGUUCUCUCUGGAGCCUGAGCCCAUUGCUAUUAACUGCACAGCUUUCAACCACAAUGGCAACCUACUGGUCACCAGUGCUGCAGAUGGGAUUGUUUGUCUUUUUGAUAUGUAGCAGCAUGAGUGUGCCAUGAGCUGGAAGGCACACAAUGGAGAAGUCUACUCCGUUGAGUUCAGCUGUGAUGAGAACACAGUCUACAGCAUAGGCGAGGAUGGCAAGUUUAUUCAGUGGAAUAUUCACAGAAGUGGCUUGAAGGUGUCUGAGUACCAUCUUCCCACUGAAGCUACAAGUCCUUUUGUUCUGUCUGGGUACAGUGGCUACAAGAAAGUCCAGUUCCCAUGAGGAAAGCUUUUUGCUUUUGAUUCUGAGGGCAACUAUAUGUUGACAUGUACCUCUACUGGGGCAGUAAUUUUUAAAUUAAAUGGUGAGGAAAAAGUUCUGGAGAGCUGUCUUUCCCUGGGAGGACACAGAGCUCUCGUUGUCACAGUGGAUUGGAGCACAGACAUGGACUGCGGGACCUGCCUCACUGCCUCUAUGGAUGGGAAGAUUAAAUUAACAACCUUACUGGCUCAAAAGUCUUAACGUGGAUAGUGCUGAAGGGAAAGAGCAACAGUGUUGACAGAAACAGUGUUAACUCCAUAGGAACAAACUGCAUGGGAGAGAGAAAGCAACACAGUCCCUCUUCUCAUUGUAGCUUUUGUCUCUUGACAAACAUUAAAUACAUUUGCCAAACCACUGUGCAAUAGAUUGCCGAUAUGGGACCAAAUCAGUGGCAGCACUGAAAAAUGGAGUCUCCACUGACCCAUUAUGGCAGCUGCGAUCCCUCCACUGGGGAGUCUUGAGUAGCACGUGGCUGGAAGGCUUGGUGUCUGCGAUGGUUGCUGCCAUCUUUGCGCCUGGCAAUGCUGGAUACAGUCUGCAGUUGUUUUGUCUGUUGCUGACACAGUUACAGCUAAGAGAAGAUCAGACUCGGGCAAAAGGUUCAUAAGAAAAGCAGGAGGUCUGUCCAAAUAAGACCGGGCCUGCAUGAAUGCAUGUAUUG